CCCUACCUGACAGUGUGGUAGCCUCGGGUCACAUGAUGCGAGUGUUGUCAUUCGCAGGAUGAUGAAGCAGUGAAGAUGGCGUGUUGCAGGAGGUGUCUGUGUUGCCAAUGCUGCUGUGGGGAGGGAGAGACCAGGACCCCCGAGGAACUCCUACAAUGGACAAUCCUAGGGGAGACACAUGGAGAAGAUGAGAUUCUACCAAGGAAAGACUAUGAGAGUUUGGACUAUGACAGGUGCAUCAAUGAACCAUUCAUGGAGGUUCUGGAUGGCAUGGAUAACAAGAAAGCCAGGAAGUAUGAAGUGGUGAAGUGGAUUGUUGUCUUUGCAAUUGGAGCCUGCACUGGGUUGGUGGGGCUGUUUGUUGAUUUCUUUGUACGUCUCUUCUCUCACUUGAAGUUCAGCAUUGUUGAAAAAUCUGUGGAGGCGUGUACUGAAAAGGGAUGUCUUGCCCUGUCUCUACUAGAACUGCUAGCUUUCAAUAUGACCUUCAUCUUCAUAGCCAGUGUUCUGGUUCUAAUUGAACCAGUGGCUGCUGGGUCAGGGAUUCCUGAGAUUAAAUGUUACCUCAACGGGGUGAAGAUUCCUGGAAUAGUCCGGCUGCGCACCUUCGUGUGCAAAGCUGUGGGAGUUCUCUUCACUGUAGCUGGAGGUCUGUUUGUGGGAAAGGAAGGUCCAAUGAUUCAUAGUGGUGCUAUAGUAGGAGCAGGACUACCUCAGUUUCAGAGCAUCACUUUUAAAAAGAUCCGCUUCAACUUUCCAUACUUCCGCACUGACAGGGAUAAGAGAGAUUUUGUCUCAGCCGGGGCUGCAGCUGGGGUAGCGGCUGCUUUCGGAGCUCCCAUUGGGGGCACACUGUUUAGCCUGGAGGAGGGGUCCUCCUUCUGGAACCAGGAGCUCACAUGGAAAGUGCUCUUCUGCUCCAUGUCUGCCACUUUCACUCUGAAUUUUUUCCGCUCUGGGAUUCUGUAUAACAGCUGGGGUUCUUUUCAAUUACCAGGGCUGCUGAACUUCGGAGAGUUUAAGUGCUCGGAUUCUGAUAAGAAGUGUCACCUGUGGACCGCGGUCGACCUGGCCUUCUUCGUUGUGAUGGGGAUAUUCGGCGGCCUGCUGGGCGCUUUGUUCAACUGCUUGAACAAGAGAUUAGCCAAGUACCGCAUGAGGAACGUUCACCCCAAAGCAAAGUUUGUCAGGGUUCUGGAGAGCCUGCUGGUCACCAUGGUAACCACCAUAGUGCUGUUUGUUGCGUCCAUGACUUUGGGAGAAUGCCGAGAUCUCUCGUCCCCCACCAACACUGACAACGCCACGCAUGUUUCCAACUCUGAGGAUGUGAACUCCACCAUCAAAACUUUCUUCUGUCCCAACAAAACCUACAAUGACAUGGCCACACUGUUCUUUAACCCACAAGAGGUGGCUAUUCACCAGCUCUUCCACCAAGACAGUACCUUCAGUCCGGUUUCCUUGUCUAUUUUCUUCGUGCUGUAUUUUCUGCUGGCUUGUUGGACCUACGGCAUAUCUGUACCCAGCGGGCUGUUUGUGCCAUCCCUGCUGUGCGGAGCUGCCUACGGGCGGCUAGUAGCUAACAUCCUGAAAACCUACAUAGGGAUGGAUCACGUUUACUCCGGGACCUUCGCGUUGGUUGGCGCCGCAUCGUUUCUUGGGGGUGUGGUCAGGAUGACCAUUAGCCUCACUGUCAUCCUGAUUGAGUCGACCAAUGAGAUCACCUACGGACUCCCCAUCAUGAUCACCCUCAUGGUAGCAAAGUGGACUGGAGAUUUCUUUAACAAAGGAAUAUACGAUAUUCACAUAAUGCUAAGAGGAGUCCCGCUGCUGGAAUGGGAGACUGAGGUGGAGAUGGAUAAGCUAACAGCUAGCGACAUCAUGGAGCCAAACCUGACGUAUGUGUACCCUCACACCCGCAUCCAGUCUCUGGUCAGUAUUCUGCGGACCACGGUGUACCACGCCUUCCCUGUGGUGACAGAGAACCGGGGCAACGAGAAGGAGUUCAUGAAGGGGAACGUUCUCAUCAGCAACAACAUAAGAUUCAAGAAGUCGAGCAUCCUGACCCGGGCGGGAGAGCAGCGCAGGCGGAGCCAGUCCAUGAAGUCGUACCCCUCGAGCGAGCUGCGCAACGUGUGUGACGAGCUCUCCGGCACCGAGCAGGCAGAGGAGGCAGAGGACAUGCUGCAGCAGAUGCUGGAGAGGAGACAUGUCCCGUAUCCCAACCUGUACCCUGACCAGUCCCCUAGCGAGGAGUGGACCAUGGAGGAGCGAUUCCGACCUUUGACCUUCCACGGCCUGAUCCUGCGAUCCCAGUUAGUGAACCUGCUGAUCCGGGGAGUCUGUUAUGCAGAAAACCAGUCGAGUGCGACUCAGCCUCGACUCUCAUACACUGAGAUGACGGAAGACUACCCUCGAUACCCAGAUAUCCAUGACCUGGACCUCGCCUUGCUCAACCCACGUAUGAUAGUGGAUGUGGCGCCAUACAUGAACCCUUGCCCCUACACUGUCUCCCCAAACACCCGCGUCUCUCAGGUAUUCAACCUUUUCCGGACCAUGGGGCUGAGGCACUUGCCUGUAGUCAAUGCUGUCGGAGAGAUUGUUGGAAUAAUCACAAGGCACAAUUUAACCCACGAGUUUCUACUAGCCAAACUGAGGCAGCACUGCAUUACAAUCUGAAUCAUUUUGACUGUCCAGGUUUCUGAAUCAUUCUAUUUAGCUGGACUCCCCUCCCUGCUCCAGGCAGAAUUUGGAGAGUUUCCAGCGAACCCCAUUUCUAGAACAAGUCCGAUGGCUGCGACCAAGGAGGAACCCCAGUCCGAACUUCAGCACUGAAAGUCUGAAGUACACCUUUAUAGUUUUAAGAGACAUUUCUAACUACAGGAAUUUUAGUUGGAUUAAUAAUUUGGGUCUGUAGAGGCCUGUAAGUAACUUCUGAUAUAAAUAAGUACAUAUCGGAAAAGCUCAACUCUUAAGCCAUACCUUAAAAAGUGGGGUGCAGUUUGUACCCAUGCACUGUAAAAGAGAUACUUAAUGAAUCCGUGUCGGAGAUUUGACACUAAGAUCGUUCCCAAUCCACCACUGUAAUGAGUAGAUCACCACCUCUGUAUCUAUUUAUAAAAUCAAGGGUAAAUUACAUAUAAUCACUGUCCACUAUACAACACAAGACCUACCAUCAUAGGGGGGAAAAGUUCUCAAAAUCCUCUACUUGUAACAUUACUGUGCUACAACACAUAAGCUAGCCCCUGCUUUAAAAAAAAAAAAAAAAAAAAAAAGUUUUCUGGAACCUGGCAUCCGUGUUCAACAAUGCAUCUAAAGAAAGAUGAGUGUGUGUUUACACGAGAUAUUUCAUGAGAACAGAACAUAUUAAAUAAUAAUAAUAAUAAUGAUGAUGAAGUGACAUAAAGACUUAUGGCUCAUGCAGUUUGUGCACUCCACCCUUUUAGUUCUGUGUUCUUUUCUUUUAGUUAGUUUUGUGUUAUUUUAUUUUUAUCCAGCACUUAAACUUUAAUUUUCUAAGCCUUUUUACAAGACAAGGUAGAGACCGAUAUCACCCUCUUCCUUAUGCAUUCCAGUGAAUGUCGUGGGACGUUAUGAAGAUUUCUAAAUAUUUGUGUUCCUUCCACAGUACGAUACAGCAUAAAGCUGAACGAUAGCACAGUCUUAACAAGCCAGCUGCUUACCUAGUCCUUUCUGGUAGGUCACUUAGAGGCGUAUAGUCUUUAAACAGUAUUUGGAUUUGGGCGAAUCAAUGCACAGGGUGCAUUUGAAAACUAUAUCUUGUGCUGGGAACUGCUGUGAAUUGAUCCAAAGCCUGAAAAGGUGUACUGUUCUUGUUUGUUUAGGUUUUUUUUGUAUCAUUUUGUUUAUUAAGGGAACAUUUUCCAAACGCCACUGUGACAUGCAAGCGCAGAUUAAUUCUUGAAACAGAAAACUUGCACAGAGAAUGUUUAGGUUUGUCGUAAUGAUUUAAAGGGUGAAGAAGAUGAUUUGGCCGUAGGGCCAGUGUGCAAGGAAACUAAGUUGUGUUUUUGUUAAGGCUUUAGAGUAGUGAUGUUUUAUAUUGAGCCGACUAUCUAUUUCCAGUUUGGCUCUCGGAACAUGUCCUGUGUUAAAACCUGAGCAUUUGCAGAGUUGUAUAAUUUAUAUAAUUUGCUUUUAUAAUCUGUUAACGUUAUUAACUGUUGAAAUCCUAUUAUUUACUGUUUUUGUUUUCAAGUCAGUGUGCAUAGAAACCCUGACAAGACCUAUACUGUAUGUCCGUGUUAAAGGGAUCUUUAUACAAAAUAAGGAUUGCAGUGGAAUUUACGUGUGAAAUUAUCUUGAAACAAUCAAAAGCCUGUGUGUAAUCUGGGCUGCAAAUCUUGCAUGAAUUGGGGUAAUUACUAAAAAUCACUAGAGCUUUAUUUAUUUUUUAUUAUUAUUUUUUUUUUUUAGAAAACAAUUGCCAGCCAUAACCAGUUUAUUAAUGCAUUUAUAUAAAUGAGUUUUUACAUUUUUUACACAGGGACCUCUGUUAACUGGAAACACUAAUUGUAAAGAUCCUUGAAGCGUUUGCAAAUGUGUGCUUAAUUUUUGUAAAUCCAAUUAUAUCACAUGUCCUAAUCAUAUAUUAAUAUUAUUGGCGACGUUUAUUAAAUGAUUCAGGUAUCUUGUAUUCUCAGAUGUAAUUAUCGUUCUCUCUCUCGGCCUCUUAUGGCCAUACCAAAGUCAGUAUCAAUGCUAGAUUAUCUUCUCGCACUAGAAAAAUCAGUUUCUUUAUCAUAAAGUGAAUUUCAGUGUGUAUUUUUCCCAAUGGUCUGCAUUAGAUGCGUUUGCAAUAUUGCAUAGGAAUAAGACAAGAAAAAGUAUUUUUUUCUACUAUCAAGAAGAAACUUAUUUCCAAUCCAUCCCUGUAUUGCAAUACUGUUGUACCAUCAUUUAACUGUAGGUGUUUCACCUUAAAAUGGUACCUCGUAUGAAUGUCCAUCUUCAGUGAUAUAGCCCCUGCUUUGUUUCAUUCACAUGUGUAACUAUGUAGUUGAACUGAGGAGGGAUAAUGCAUUUCAAAGUAAACCGGUCUCUUGUUCCACGUCCUAAACUUUUCAGUCGUCGAUGCCAGCAUGCAGUAUUCAAUUCAUUAUAUUAUUCGUGUAUUACGAAACCCAUGUUAAUCUUAUGUCUUUGUGAUUUGUUUUUCUACACUUUGGAUUUAUGUGAUGUGUGUGUAUAGAUAAUUAUAUAAGCUGCUUCCUUUUACUGGAGAAAAAUAUGUUGGUAUUUUUUGUUCCAGAUUUGUGCCACCUGUUAGCCAUGAUAUAAAAAAAAUAAAUAAAUAAAUAAAAAAAUUAA